AGCCCCGCUCUGGAAUUUGUCCCCGUGCACCAGGAAGUCAGAAAACAAGCUUCGAUGAAGCAGGUGCUGCUCACAGAGCCUGGAGGAGAGGCCACAUCUACACAAAGUCAACGGGAACUUCUCAAAGGGAUGAAUGGCAGGUCAAAUGUGUAAGUGUUUAUUAUUUGAAGGAGUUGUCAAAAGAGCGUUGUAGCAAACCAGGGUGCGCUCUUCGUUUAGGAGCUGCAACCCCUUUAGAGGGGUGACUACUGAGGAGAGGAGCGGAGAGCAUUCACAACAACAUAUAAUGUCGAGUGAGUGCUUGCGUGCAGCCUCCAACACUUUCCAUGCAGAAUCUCCUCGAAGCUUCACUGCUCUAGAACUCGGACUUUCUUACGUACUCGCAAAGAACAAGCCGAGCAGACACCGCCCAGGUCAUAGGGAGAGCGUGGCAGCAGGCUGUCUCCAGAGCUUGGCUCGGCGUGUGCGACUGGGGGGAGGACUGGGCUGUGAUGCAGGGACAGUGGCAGCCAGAAGCCGUCCCCAAGGAACCAUACGGUCCGAUCAUAUAUAAACUGGAGACUCCCGGCAGGCAGCACAGGGUUCUCGACACUUGCAUCCAGCGAGGCUCGGUGAGGGACGCAGACAUCCAUCGAUCGAGAAGAGCAGAAGACACUUGGCAAUAAAGACAUGCUUAGCGUCAAAGCUGACCUCAAGCGUCUCGGGGACGACGGCGAGUAUUCGGUGAGCAUUUCCGGCUUGGUCUGGGAGACGUGAGGGGCAAGCGUGAGGCUUGUGUGUGGAAGGUGUCGGAAGCGUCGCCCGGAGUGCCGGCUGCAAGGCUGCGCGGAGCCGGGAGGGUUCCCGGAAGCCCCUCCGGGCCCGACUCCGGCUCAGGGGCCCCGCCCGGUCGGCGCCGCUCGCAGCAAAGGAGCCACGAGCGAUGGGCGGGCCCAGAGUGUGGUUACCGCCCCUGCUGUCGGGGUUUUCAAACAGGUCCGGCACUUUGCUAUAAAAGGGCUGCUUGGCGCCGCCGGGAGUGGUGCUUCCGUAGCGUUGCGGUGGUGUGGUGAGGAUGUCUGGCCGCGGCAAAGGCGGGAAGGGCCUGGGCAAGGGGGGCGCCAAGCGCCACCGCAAGGUGCUGCGCGACAACAUCCAGGGCAUCACGAAGCCCGCCAUCCGGCGGCUGGCCCGGCGCGGCGGCGUCAAGCGCAUCUCCGGCCUCAUCUACGAGGAGACCCGCGGGGUGCUCAAGGUGUUCCUGGAGAACGUGAUCCGGGACGCCGUCACCUACACGGAGCACGCCAAGCGCAAGACGGUCACGGCCAUGGACGUGGUGUACGCGCUCAAGCGCCAGGGCCGCACCCUCUACGGCUUCGGGGGCUAAGUAUUUCCUUCACGCUAUCAAAAACAUGUGAUUCUCACCCAAAGGCCCUUUUCAGGGCCACCUA